UCAACCUUGUCUAUUUUCUCUUCUCUCUUUCUCGCUCUCAGAGUAGUCAAAUUGAAGAAGGAAGAAGAUAAAGAAGACGACUAGCUGACGACGGGAGGCUUUUGACGGAAUAUUCCAUCGCCGGCCAGGCUGCUGUUGACAAAAACAGAGUAAAAGAAAGUUCAUUUAAACUAUGGAAGACGGAACAACAACAACAGAGGUUGAAGUGAAGAUUGUGGAAGAUAAUGAAAUCAAGAUAUCCGAUCCUGUAAAGAUUCACCACGAUGGAAAGAAAGAGGAGGAAGAACCAGUCCUAGAUGAUGGAGAAUUCAUUAAAGUUGAGAAGGAAACAGAUUUAGAUGCCAAAGAUGGUUCACAUACUGAUACUGCUGAAGAAACUCUAACCAGUAUCGACAAGCCGUCGUCGUCUGUCAUCAUCGAACGAAGUGGUAGUAAUUCACAUCCAAGCAGAGAAAUCCUCGAGGCUCAUGAGAAAGUGAAAGAACUUGAACUGGAGCUAGAAAGAGUAUCGCAAGCACUCAAGCUUUCUGAAUCAGAGACCAGUCAGCUCAAAACUGAAGUUUCUCUCACGAACGAUAAACUGGAUCAAAGUGGAAAGAAAUAUGAAGAACUCGAACACAGUCAAAAGAAACUGCAGGAACAAGUGAUCGAAACAGAGGAGAGAUACAAAGAACAACUUAAUUCUUUUCAAGAGGAAUUGAAAGUUCAAGAAGCUAAAUACAAGGAGCUAGUCACUAUAAAAGAAUCAUUCGACAGUCUCAGCCUCGAUCUGGAAAGCUCCAAAAAGAAAACCGAUGAACUAGAACAACUUGCUGAAUCAGAGACGAAAAGGGCAUUAGAAUUCGAAAAACUAAUCCAACUUGCCAAGGAGUCGGAGGAUCAAACCGCUUCUCAUCUCUCAUCAAUCCAAAGCGAGUUAGAGGUUUCUAAACAAACACUCGCCUCGAACGAAACAGUUAUUCAACAACUGAAGGAGGAUGUCGAGAAGAGAAAAGCUGUUGAAUCUAAGUUAAACGACGAUCUUCAAGCUAAAAUCUCGGAAUUGACAGUUCUGAACGAUGAACUACUGAAAGCGAACAAAGAGAAGAAAGAACUAGAAACUGCUGUAGCAGAGCUGACCGGAAACUUAGUCCAGGCAAAAGAGCUAACAAACGAACUCGAGACGAAGCUGCAGGCGUCGGACGAGAACUUCUGUAAGACCGAUUCUCUUCUUUCUCAAGCUCUGGCAAAUAGCUCCGAACUUGAAGAGAAGUUAAAAUCUUUAGAGGAGCUCCACCACGAAUCAAGAUACGCAGCCACGACUUUCCAGCAGAAAAGUCUCGAUCUUGAAGACGUGAUCCAAUCGUCGAGUAUUGCAGCUGAAGCUGCUAAAUCAGAAUUUAGAGAGCUCGAGAAUAAAUUCAUAGCUUCAGAGCAAAAAAUCGUUGAGCUAGAUCAACUGCUGAAUCUCGUGGAGUUGAAGGGAAACGAAUCGGAACGACAAGUGAGAGAGCUAACAGAAACAAAUUCCGAAAUCAAUUUGAAACUGAAAGAAGCGGAAGAAGAGAAGAACAAGCUGACUACACAACUUAAGGAAUACGAAGAGAAGGUAGAACAGAUAGAGUCUGUAUUAAAGCAAGCUUCUUCAAGGAAUGAAGAACUUGAAUUGGAACUGAAGAGUGUCGCUGAAAAAUCUUCUGAGCACGAGGUACGUGCCGAUACGAUUCAUCAACGGAAUAUCGAACUCGAUGAUUUGAUUCAAGCGUCGCAUUCUAAAGCCGAGUUGUUGCUGGAAACCGAGAAGAAACGAAACCAGGAACUUGAAGAACAGGUUAGAGCUUUCGAGAAUAAGCUUGAGAACAUCCAGGAUGAACUAGAUGCGUUCAAAACUAAAUCAUCGAUUCUCGAGGAAUCACUUCAGAUAGGAAGUGAGAAAGAAAGAGAAUUGACGGAAAGUUUGAAAAAACUUGAAGACGCAUCCAAACUUACAAGUGACAAGCUUGCGGAAACAGAGACUCUCAUUGAUGAACUGAAGAACGAGCUAAACCUGACUCAAAAGAAAUCGGAAACUAUUGAGGAGGAGAUCAAAUCAGCCGGAGUUAGAGAAUCCGACCUUUUGGAGAAGCUCAAGUCAGCAGAAGAGGAACUUGAGAAGCAAGGAAAAGUCUUGGGAGACGCCAUUGCCAAACACUCGGAUCUUGAAUUAUUGCAUCAAUCUCUAUCUAAGGAUUCAGAAGUGAAGCUUCAAGAAGCUAUGUCGAGCUUCACUACAAGAGAUGCCGAUGCAAACUCGUUGAACGAUAAACUGAAAUUACUCGAAGAUCAACUGAAGGUCUAUGAACAUCAGAUAUCAUCUGCUAAGGAAGAACUAGAUCAAGCUUCAGCCACAAAUGAAGAACUGAAGAGGACGAUAUCAGAGAAAGAAGAAAAGGCGACCCAAUUUUUAUCAGAGAAUGAACUGUUGUCUGAUACAAAUACACAACUGAUUAACAAGAUUACCGAGCUUCAAGUGUCAUUGGCAUCUGCUUAUAGUGAAAAGGAAGCCUCUGCAGAGAAACUCCUAUCUCACGUGAAUACCAUUGCUGAAUUAACCGAUCAUCACUCAAGAACAUCUGAACUUCACUUGGCUGCUGAAGCCCGAUUUUCAGAGACCGAGAAGCAGUUGAAUGAAACCGUUCAGAAAUUCACUUGUAGAGAUUUAGAAGCAAAUGACUUCAGCGAGAGGGUAAAACAGCUCGAAGAACAAGCCUUGGAAGCUGCUGCCAUUGCUGAAACUCAAAAGGCCGAGCUGGAACAUGCUAGAUUGAAACACUCUGAGACUGAAAGCACCAUUCAGAAUUUGCACGAGAAGAUAAGCCAAUUCGAGAAGGAGAAACAGGAGCUUGAUGAGGUAAAUUCAACUGUUAUUCAGGAACUGACCUUAUGGAAGGUGCAAGCGAAUGAUCUGAAGGAAAAGCUAUCGGGAACAGUUGCGGAAAAAGAGGAAACAGUAGAACAACUAGUUUCUUCGAAGAAACUAAUUGAGGAACUCACUGAGAAACUUAAGAUCGAGGAGCAGAAAUUGCUUUCUCAGAGCGAGGAGCACAAUGAAAGAGGGCUGCAGCAUGAAACAGCUCUCACGAGUUCCUUGAGCGAAAUCGAAUCCAAGAAUGAAAAAGUUGGACUCCUUGAGGGAAAACUAAAAGAGCUAGAGCAACAACUUGAAUUAGUUCAUGCAGAAUCUAAAUCCAAGAAAGACGAACUAGCUCAAAAAGAGUUAAAUCACGAGGCCACACUAAAGAAUUCUUCAGAAGAGCUCGAAGCCAAUAAGAAAAAGAUUGUAGAGCUUGAAUCACAAUUGAAAGAGCUCGAAGCUAAUAAAGAAAAGGUAGUAAAGUUUGAGACACAAGUGAAGGAACUCGAGGAAAAACUUGCUGAUGCGAAAUCUAAGGAAGAAUCAGGAGUGGAGGUAAAGUCUAGAGACAUUGGAUCUUUAAUACCAUCAUCUCCAUCAAAGAGGAAGAGUAAAAAGAAGCUAGAAGUAACUGCUGCUACUUCUGGUCAAACUGCUACUGAAACAAGAGUGGAGGUUGUGUCUCCUAUUAUGACAUUGAAGGUGGUAUUGGGUGUGGCACUCUUCUCCAUCAUAUUUGGUAUAAUCCUUGGAAAGAAAUAUUAAACCUAAUUUAUAUGGUUUUUUUGUGCUCUUCUACUUAUUAUUUUAAAUGUCUAUUUGGAUUUUGGAUUUUGGGAUGUGAAAAGGGUGGUUUUUCUAGUUUAUUAUUAUUAUUAUUGAACAUUUGCGAGGUUUUCCUGUCUGAAUUCUUUUAGUACAGUACAGGUUUGUUGUUUUGUUUGGUCAGGGGAUUUGAUUUAUAUAAAAGUUUUGGGUAUUAUUAUUUUCCCCCAUCACUUUGUAAGAAUUGGUUGGCUGAUUCUUAUUAUGUUACUGUAACUUUCAAA